AUGGUACAUCUUGCUAAGAUACCCGCCAACGGGGAAAUAUCUAACCUGCCGGAGGCCGUCAAGAAGAUCAACCUGCAGCUAAGUAACGACGAUGAUAGCUACACAACAAGCGUCUAUGGCUCUAGGUUUGCCGCGGAAGACCUCCCUAAGCAUGAGAUGCCUGAGGGUGAGAUGCCCAAGGAGAUUGCCUACCGCAUGAUCAAAGACGAGCUGAGCUUAGACGGCAACCCAAUGCUGAAUCUUGCCUCAUUCGUUACUACUUACAUGGAGGAAGAGGCUGAAAAGCUCAUGGCCGAGAGCUUUUCUAAGAACUUCAUCGAUUACGAGGAAUAUCCACAGUCGGCCGAUAUCCAAAACAGAUGUGUGUCCAUGAUCGGCCGGCUCUUCAAUGCGCCUACGGAACAUGAAGAGGGCGGUGGUGCUGUUGGUACCUCAUGCGUAGGUUCGUCCGAGGCUAUCAUGCUAGCUGUUCUAGCUAUGAAGAAGCGAUGGAAGAACAAGCGCAUAGCCGAGGGCAAAUCUACCGACAGGCCCAACCUUGUCAUGUCUUCAGCCGUACAAGUGUGCUGGGAGAAGGCGACGCGUUACUUCGAGGUCGAAGAGAAGCUGGUCUACUGCACGCCAGACCGUUACGUUAUUGACCCUAAGGAGACAGUCGACCUCGUCGACGAGAACACCAUCGGCAUCUGUACUAUCUUGGGUACCACCUAUACCGGUGAGUACGAGGACGUUAAGAGCGUCAACGACCUACUGGUAGAAAGGGACCUCGAUAUCCCCAUUCACGUCGAUGCCGCCAGCGGUGGGUUCGUUGCCCCUUUCGUGGUUCCGGAUUUAGAAUGGGACUUUAGGCUUGAAAAGGUCGUCUCUAUAAAUGUCUCAGGCCACAAGUAUGGUUUAGUUUACCCCGGUGUUGGCUGGGUCGUGUGGCGGGAUGCGAAGUACUUGCCCCAGGAACUCGUCUUUAACAUAAACUACCUUGGCGCCGACCAAUCGUCGUUCACGCUUAACUUCUCCAAGGGUGCUAGCCAGGUCAUCGGGCAGUACUACCAGCUCAUCCGGCUAGGAAAGAAGGGAUACCGGGCCAUCAUGUCGAACCUAACACGCACGGCCGAUUAUCUAUCCGAAUCCCUUGCAGCGCUAGGCUUCGUAAUUAUGAGCAAGAAGUCAGGCGAAGGUCUGCCGCUAGUUGCCUUCCGGUUGCCGGAUACUACAACAGAGCGUAACUACGAUGAGUUCGCGCUGGCGCAUAGGUUACGCGCCAGGGGCUGGGUAGUGCCAGCGUAUACCAUGGCGCCACACACCGACGACCUUAAGAUGCUUCGGGUGGUCGUCCGCGAGGACUUCACCAAGAACCGAUGCGACUCCCUUAUCUCAGAUAUUAGAUACUGCCAGCAACUACUUGAACAGCUAGAUAAGGAGUCCAUCGCCAAGCAAGAAGAAUUCAUCCGCAAGCACUCCAUGAACAGCGGGCAAGCCAAACACAACCAUCCUCGAUUCCGCAAAGAAAAACAUUCGAUCCAGGGCAAGCACGGCAAGACACACUCGAUCUGCUAG